AUGAAGGAUACAGCUAAACGUCGGUACCGCUCUCAUCGACCUUGGAUGAUGGAUCACGGGGUAGGCGUUGAUGAGGAGGCCCCCAUAGACCCGCGGCUCAAAAACCGAACCUUCCCGGCGGAUCAGGACUAUGAGGGACACCGAGCGCACAGUGUCUUCGUGGGCGUCCACAUCCCCGGCUCGUCACGGCGACAUUCGCAGCGUCGCCGGCACAAACAGCACCACCAGGCGAGCCGCGAAAAUGGCGACCGAUCCGGCACAGAAACGGAAUCCGACCGGCCAGUCGUUCCGAAACCGCACGUCGUUACCCAACGAAGAAUCAGCAUCGUUGAGGAGGGCGAAUCUUUUACGCCGCCCGCACAAAGGGUCCAUUUCAUCCUGGGCGGUGAGGUGGGCGAAGGCGACGGCAGUGGCCAGCACGAGUCGCACCCGCUCUUCUCCGAGAUGGAGGAGCUGGUGAAGGAGGGCGACGAGAUGGCGUGGAAGGAGACGGCGCGCUGGGUCAAGUUCGAGGAGGACGUCGAGGAGGGUGGCAACCGGUGGUCGAAGCCGCACGUGGCCACCCUCUCGCUGCACUCGCUGUUCGAGCUGCGCAGUCUGCUGCUGAACGGGACCGUCAUGCUGGACCUGGAGGCGGCCGGCCUGGAGCAGAUCGCGGAGCUGGUGUGCGAGAACAUGGUCAACUCGGGAACGCUGCCGGUGGAGGCGCGCGACAAGGUGGUCGAUGCGCUGCUCAAACGCCACAAACACCAGCACGAGUUCGCCAACAAGAAGAACCGGCUCCCGCUGAUCCGCUCGCUGGCGGACAUCGGCAAGAACCACUCCUCGUCCAAGAAUAUGCCACGAUCAUCCACCAGCAAGAGCAUCGGCUCCGCCAACUCAUUCCCAAUGCACGUCGUUUCGUCGGCACCGUCGGCCAUGCACGAAGAGUUCGAGUCCGCACCGGCACCGUCGCCACAGACGGCCCUCCUGUGCGGUAGCAAAGACCAGCGGGGUCACUAUCUAGCACUACCAACAGUGGAGGAGCCCACGAACACUAACCCGAGUCCGCCGAGUAGUGGUACCGCUAGCAAUGGCAGCAACCCAACGAACGCGCCCAACAAAUCGGCCAGCAACAACGGCAACAGCAAACACUUGACCGUGCCCGGAAGGGCCGCCGGAGAAAACCUUACGCAAAGUCCGAGCAACGUGUCGAUGCCGCGGAACGCUAGCUCGGGCGAGCUGCAGAACGGUGAACACAAGAGCAACACCCACUUUAUGCGCAAAAUCCCACCCGGUGCCGAGGCCAGCAACAUUCUCGUGGGCGAGGUGGACUUCCUCGACAAGACGCUGUCGGCGUUUCUGCGCCUCAACUCCGCCUCGGUGAUGGGCGAUCUGACCGAAGUGCCCGUUCCGACCAGGUUUAUCUUCAUCCUGCUGGGACCUCCCGGUAGCCACGGGAGCUUCCACGAGAUAGGGCGCGCGAUGGCCACACUGAUGUCGGACGAGAUCUUCCACGAGGUGGCGUACCGGGCGAAGAAGCGCGAACACCUGCUGGCCGGUAUCGACGAGUUUCUGGACGCCGUUACCGUGUUGCCGCCGGGCGAGUGGGAUCCCUCGAUCCGGAUAGAGCCCCCGGCGGCGAUACCGUCGCAGGAGGUUCGCAAACGGCCGCCGGAGAAGAACCCGAAGGAAGAGAUCGACGAAGAGCUGGAGGAGCAGCGGCAGCGGGAAGAGUCCGGCCUGUCGCGGUCCGGGCGCCUCUUCGGUGGCCUCAUCAACGAUCUGAAGCGAAAGGUGCCAUUCUAUGCGUCCGACUUUAAGGACGGUCUUUCGAUGCAGUGCGUCGCCUCGUGGAUCUUCCUGUACUUUGCCUGUCUGUCGCCGAUCAUCACGUUCGGUGGAUUGCUGGGGACGGCCACCGGGAACAACAUUGCCGCCAUGGAAUCGCUGGUGGCCGGGUUCGUUUGCGGCAUCGGUUACGGGUUUUUCUCUGGCCAGCCGCUUACGAUCCUCGGUUCGACCGGGCCCGUCCUGGUGUUUGAGACGAUCGUGUACGACUUUUGUCUGCAGGUCGGUUGGGACUAUCUGACGUUUCGCUUCUGGAUCGGCACCUGGAUCGCGAUUAUCCUGUUCGUGCUGGUGGCCGUCGAUGCCAGUGCCCUCGUGUGCUACAUUACGCGCUUCACGGAGGAGAACUUUGCCUGCCUGAUCGCGGUCAUCUUCAUCUACAAGGCGAUCGAGAACGUGCUGCACAUCGGGAAGGAGUUUCCGCUCAACACGGCCGGCGGCCGGUUCGAUUGCUCGUGUCUGCCACCGGCCGGCCACACGCUCACCCCGGAGGCUAUUCACCAGUGGUCCCAGUACGGACUCGGGACGUGCAAGACACUAAACGGUACGCUGGCCGGGAGCGACUGCGACAAGACCGAGUUCGUGUCGGAUGUCUUUUUGAUGUCGAUCGUCCUGUUUGUCGGCACGUACAUCAUCUCGGUCAUACUGAAGGACUUCAAGAACGCACUGUUCUUCCCGGCCGUGGUGCGCCAGUUCAUCAGCGAUUUCUCCGUGACGAUCGCGAUCUUCUCGAUGACGCUGCUCGACUUCUUCACGCGCGUCGCCACGCCGAAGCUGGACGUGCCGAACGAGUUCAAGCGCACCAUCCCGGACCGGGGCUGGAUCAUUAUGCCGUUCCACGAGAGUAACCCGGCCUGGUCGCCGGCCCUCGCCAUCCUGCCCGCCCUGCUCGGCACGAUACUGAUAUUCAUGGAUCAACAAAUUACGGCUGUGAUAAUCAAUAGGAAGGAACACAAACUCAACAAGGGCUGCGGCUACCAUCUCGAUCUGUUCGUGCUGUCCUGCUUGAUACAGAUCUGCACCGUCAUGGGUCUGCCAUGGUUCGUGGCCGCCACCGUGCUCAGUAUUAACCACGUCAAUUCCCUCAAGGAGGAGUCGGAAACGGCGGCCCCCGGCGAGAAGCCACAGUUUAUCGGUGUGCGCGAGCAGCGCGUGACCCACAUCCUGAUCUUUCUGACGAUCGGAUGCUCGGUGCUGCUGACCCCGCUCCUCUCACACAUUCCCAUGCCGGUGCUGUACGGUGUGUUUCUGUAUAUGGGCGUCUCGGCCCUCAAGGGGCUGCAGUUCUUCGAUCGUCUGCUGAUCAUGCUGAUGCCGGCCAAGUACCAGCCGGACUAUAUGUUCUUGCGACAGGUGCCAAUAAGACGGGUCCAUCUGUUCACGAUGAUCCAGCUCGCCUGCUUCACCGUGCUGUGGCUCAUCAAGUCCUUCUCCGUCACCUCGAUCCUCUUCCCGCUGAUGCUGGUCGUGAUGAUUGGCGUGCGGAAGUCGCUCGACUACAUCUUCACCAAGCGCGAGCUCAAGAUUCUGGACGACAUCAUGCCGGAGAUGACGAAGCGUGCCCGGGCGGACGAUCUGCACCAGCUCGAGGAUGGCGAGGACUCUGGCCAACAUUCGACCGACAAUUUGCAGCUGCCACUCGAGAACGGCGGAGCGUUGGGUGAGCAGACCAAAAUCAACAUAUCGGAGGAAGUCAACCGCAGCACGAUCUGGAAGCAGGUCAACAAUUGCAACGUGCUGUUCACGAAAAAGCAACCCUCCACGCAGCAACAAUUAUCGAAAGCGAACGAAAGCGACAAACGGCUGUCGACCAUGCGCGAAGAAGAUGAGCUGGACGAUACCGGUCGUCCUUUGAGUCACCAGCGCAAGACACAGAAAAUGAAACGAGAAUUUUGGAUGAACUCACGCUCCGGCAGCAACAAUACCGCCAGUAGCAGCAAUACCAAUGGCCGCCGUGCCACUAGCAACACCGACGGAACCACGACCGAUCGUUGGCACCCGGCCGUGCCGGUCGCUAACGGUGCCACACGGUGCGGCGGCGACAACGGUGCUUCCGAGACGCAGGUGUAGAAAGUAGAGUUAAUAGAAAAGUAGUGUAAUGGAAGCAGCGAAUGGGUAAAGGAUUGGCCAAACCGGAGAUAGACAAGUAUCACUGUGCAAUGUCUUUC